AAUUUUAAUAACCCUCAAGUUUCUUUUCGGCUUUGCCAGUGCGUCAAGCAUUGAAUCUGCGUGAAAACUUACUUCAAACUCAUAAGAAUACUUUUCCUAAGGCAAAAAUGGCAGAAGCUAUGAAGAAGACCGUUGCUGGUAUGCUGAAAGGUAUUGAAAGGUACAACCCGGAUAAUUUAGGAACUCUGGAGCGUUAUGUCGAGAUUCAAGCCAGAGAAAAUGCAUAUGAUCUUGAAGCUAACUUAGCAGUGCUGAAACUGUAUCAGUUCAACCCAAGAAUGUUCAAUAUUGACAUCACUCAACUGAUUCUCCUGAAAGCACUCACAAACUUUCCUCAUUCAGAUUUUAUUCUGUGCAAAUGCUUAUUAAAUGAAGCAAAGCUUGCACAAGAGCCAAUCAACCAAAUCAUUUAUCUUGCACACAUUUUGGAAGAGUGUGACUUCCAGUCAUUCUGGAAGAGAGUAAUGGCUGCUCCAGAAAUGACAUCAAAGAUUGCAGGUUUCCUGGACUCAAUCAGGAAAUUUGUAUGUCAUGUGGUUGGUAUUACUUAUCAGACAAUCGAGCGCGGGCAUUUGUCACAGUUGCUCGGCGAUAUUGACGACAUUACCAUGAAACACUGGAUCAAGAAGUAUGGUUGGAAGGAGGAGGACAAGCUAGUGUUUAUUGCCAACCAGGAUGAAAACAUUAAAACCAAGAAUAUUAAUGAGAAAAUCGAUUUUGAAUCUUCGGGGGCAGUUAUGGCGGCUUCACGCUGAUUCAGUAUUCAAUUUCCUUAAUAAAAUUUUAUAAAACAAGUAAA